GUAUGCGUGCGAGUGACGAGCCGCGGCGUUGCCACCACGUUGUAGAGCUUCCACCCGAUUAAUCUGAAUCAUCGCAUCUGUAGCACAUGAUAACACCUUCUUGUGGUCGCCAGAUAUCCAAGAACAACAUACCAGAUUUCCGGAGUCGGUCUGGACUCGGCAGUGCUCACACAGUCUGGUCAUACUGCCACAAGAGAACAAGAGGAACGUGAGAAGGAACGAGAGGAGGCCAAAACACAAUAGGCAAAUAGACCAGAUCCAUCUCGCUGGCCACGGAACGGAAUGGCUGGAUUUUUGAAGACUAGGAAGCGCAGCAGAGAGGAUGACCUUCCCUGCGAGUCCACGCCCCUCUCGAAGCGCAUCAACAAUCUGCACCUGAACUACGACGACGGAAACAGCAACAGCAGCAGCAGCUGCAGCAUUCCGCCCCUGGGCAACGGCGACGCCAACAACUAUCGGGGACCAACAUCAGGACCUGCUGGCGACGGAGGGGCAGCCGUGGUAAUUGGCCCGACAGUGAACGAGUACAAUCCAGAGCUGGGAGCCGAGCAGAAUCCAUACUAUUACGAGAAGAACAAGAUGCUUUAUGAUUUACAUGUGGAGAGAGUGAAGCGCAGCAACCAGUAGCUGCCCAGGAUCGGUGGCUUUCCACCAGAUGAAAGCCAUCGAAACUCGAAUCACUGCGGCUUGGACUGCCCUUUAAGUGCCAAUCGAGGCUCAGGUCGCGCAGGAUGCAGGCUGCGGCCAGGUUCGAAACUCAGGUCGCAGGAUGCAGGCUUCGGCCGGGUCCGAGUACAAACACUUUUAGUUCUAGUUUAUUCGUAAAUUACAUCCCUUUGUUAUUGUAUUGUGUGCAUGGAGCAGGAGACAACUCUGCGAUUGCGUUUGUGUGAUAAGCAUUCUAAACUCGAAACCAGAGAGCAUUAACAUCGUCAAGGUGGAGUCGAGACUUCCCCAAACAGGCACAUCUAAGCUAGGUUUUGCCAUCUACAAACUGUAUAUUAUUCAUGUAUUUAUAAAGAUCUACGGUUAGUCGAGUAUUCUUAGUAUUUGUAAA